UGCUUGGAUACAGUUCCCUCCUCCGAGGCGAAGUCAACGCACAUGCUCAGAUCAUUCCUCAGCCCUCCUGAGAGGCUCCUGUCAUGGCGGCCGCCACGCGUGUACUCAAGAAAGGCAUCGCUCCGUCUUUAGUGGUGAUUUUAGGAGCCACUGGAACAGGCAAAUCCAAACUGGCUAUCGAGAUCGGGAAAAGGUUGAAUGGAGAAAUUAUAAGCGCUGAUUCCAUGCAGGUUUACAAAGGACUGGACAUCAUCACCAAUAAGGUUACAGAGGAGGAGCAAGCCCAGUGUCCCCAUCACAUGAUCAGCUUUGUGGAUCCUUUGGUUAGCGGAUACACAGUGGUGGACUUCAGGAACAAGGCCUUGUCUCUCAUAGAGGACAUGCAUGAUCGGAAAAAGCUGCCCAUCAUUGUUGGAGGCACAAACUACUACAUUGAAUCCAUUUUAUGGAAUGUGCUCAUCGACACUGGGGUAAAUCAGGGGAGUGACACAGAAUCCGAAAAUGUUGGGACUCCUGAAUCAAAGGCGGAGCUUGAGAAACUGGGUGGUCCUGAACUUCAUAGACGUUUGAAGGAGGUGGAUCCUGACAUGGCUGCCAUAUUGCACCCUCAUGACGCACGCAAGAUUGCAAGGAGUCUGCAGGUGUAUAUGGACACUGGAGUUCCACACAGUCGGCUUUUGGAGGAGCAGCGAGGGCAGGAUGGAGGAGAUUGUCUUGGUGGUCCCUUGCGGUUCCAGAACCCUUGCAUCUUCUGGCUGCACUACAAAAUGAAUGCUCUGGAUGAGAGGUUGGACAAGCGUGUGGAUCAGAUGUUAUCGCAUGGGCUGAUUGAUGAGCUCAGAGAUUUUCACGUGCGCUUCAACGAGAAGAUGAUCAAAGAUAGCAGUCAGGACUAUCAGCAUGGCAUAUUCCAGUCUAUUGGCUUUAAAGAGUUUCACGAGUACCUGACCGCUAGUGAGAACCUCAGUCAGGAAGAACUUGAUAAACUGAAAAUUAAAGGGGUCGAGUCUCUCAAGCAGGCGACUCGCCGCUAUGCCCGAAAACAGAACAAAUGGGUCCGCAACCGAUUCCUCAAGAGACCUUCUAGCAAUGUGCCUCCUGUUUACGGUCUGGAUGUGACAGAUGUGACCAAUUGGGAGACUACUGUACUUACUCCUGCUGUAGAGAUCCUGGACUGCCUCCAAAAGGGAGAGCAGCCAUCCACACAGCCAAUCAGAGCUGAGGGGGUGGAGUCUCGCAACAAACGGAGUCACCACAUGUGUGAUCUGUGCGAAAAGGUGAUCAUCGGCGACUUGGAAUGGACGGCACACCAGAAGUCCAAAAACCAUCUUUAUCAAGUCCGCAAGAGGAGAAAAGCCGAGCAAGCCUCAGAUCAGGACGCAAACCCUACCGAACAUAAAAAUGUCAUUGACAGGCAGGUACCUGUACUAUAGCACCCACCUCAAGGCGCUGAUGGGGCUUAUUGGGGUCAAGCUCACAUAUGGACCAAAGAAAUGAAGGGCUCGUAAUGUCUUUUUCAGAUCAAUAUAAGAAUGUGCUUUUAGAUUCGUUGGUUUGCAGUGAUACCUCAACUUUCCCUUUGGAGUAGCAGAACACACUUCAGGGUCUAUGAUGUUUAGACACAUGGAUUGAUGGUUUUUCCCAUCUGCCAAAGACCAGGGGUUACUACUAAUGUCUGGAUUUGGAUACUUCCACUGGACAGAUGUCUUCCCCGCUGCUGUUUUGUCUGAGUGGUGCACUUUUUAACCACAUCUAACCACGACUGGUGCUCUUAAACCACACUGUGGUGAGCUGUUCUAACCUCUUUGGCUGUUCUGACUGAACUCAAAUUUCAUCACUGCUGAUGUUGGAUUACUGGAUCACAUUUUCGCCUGCUGAUCAAGAACGGAGGUUAUUUUUUCAUUAUUAAAUCUGAUGCUUGACUUUUAUUUGGAAGUCUUUAUAUUAUAUUUAUAUAAUCGUCUGAUCGGAUAAGCUUACGUGGACGUCCUUUCCUUAGGAUUCUUAGUGCCUUUGCUUUUUCUACGACUCAUGCCUUUCCAAACCCGUUCAUUCUUUCGUGGAACACAAAACGAGACAUUUUGAGGAAUGUAAACACAGCUCUUAUCCAUACAAUGAAUAAAUGACAUAAUCCGGCACCAGAAAACUUGGAAUAUAGCCUGAGUAGUAUGGGUUACCUUUUUAUGUUUUCUUUUGGAGAUUGUAUGGAAAAGAGCAGCAUGAACAUUAUUCAAAAUAUAUUCUUAAUCCUCAGUUCGCAUUUUAAGACUCCGCUGCAUUUGCCUUUUGGUUUAAGUGUUUUUAUUUCAAGAUUUUUACCGAAUGAUCUUUAACUGCAGUGCAUAAAUUAUGUAAACGUCAUUAAAGUGAUUUUUUUUU